AUGGGAAAUGACGUUAUUAGUGUGAAUGAAUCAAAUUUUGUUUGUUUUUUUUUAAUAAUAUUACUAGUAAUUAUUUUAAUCGAAAUAAACUUACUGUGUCCGUUCUAUCUUAGAUAUAAUAUAAAAUUUUCUGUAACAGUUAAACUUAGACUAUCAUAUAUUAUUACUUCUUUUGGAUUUACUUUUUAA